CAGACGUUUUUCACUGCUGUCACGUAAAGAAGAAUCAGCCUCAAUGACUUCAGAUAUAUGUACAGAAGGGCAAUUCUGGAAUCGUCCUCGGCACAAAUGUGAGCCAUGUAACACUAAAUAUAAAAUCAUACAAGGUUACGAAUUUACUGAAAACUGCGGAUGGUCCGACGAGCAGCAGCAGAUCGAAUCACCUUACAGACCAUGCAGAGACGGGACAUUUAAUAAUGGAUCUCAAGUUAUUUGCCAAAUAUGUCGCUCUUGCUCACCGCCACAGUUGAUUGCGUUCGCGUGCAAAAGCACUUCGGAUACCAUCUGCUGUAAACAAGGAGAGCAGUUUUUAAAAGGAAAAUGUAGGCCUAUCCCUCAACCGUCGCGGACCACAAGGAUAACAACUGCGAGUACAACUGUCCACAUAACUAGCUCUGUUGCCAGCUCAAGCCCCUCUCUGAGCCCUCAACACAUUCCAGACUCCUCUCCAAGCCCUCAAAGCACUUCAAGUCCAACUGUGUCUCAUGCACAUUUCAUAGGGAUCUAUGUAUGUUUUGGGAUUUUAUCAACUCUCGCUCUGGUGUGUCUUUUCCUGUUCGUCAGGAGGAGGACUAAACCUUUCAACAAAGAAUUGAAAAAAUGCUGUAAUGGAGCAAGUCAUGAAAGCCUGUCCAAAAAGGGCAUUGCCAGAUAUGAACAGGCUGUCUCAUACAACAUAAUCAACGAUGGUAAUAACGAUCACGAGACUGGAUUGUCGCAUCUCUUAGCCCCUGAAGUCCAGGUUGCACCUCUGAAAAUGGUGUUGAACAAUUUGGACGUUCUUGAGGAGCUUGUAUUGGUAUUAGACCCAGACAUUUCUGGUGCCAAGAACACUCGUCACCUUGCCGCCCAGUGCUCCUUUUCUUUUGCCUGGAUAAAUUAUGCCUAUUCCAUGAAGGACCACAAAAGCCCCCUUGUUGCCGUUUUGGAGGGUGUCGUGACCAAGAACCCAGACUGGACUGUCGGCCACCUCGCCGAGCUGCUAAACGCUAUCGGCCGUAACGAUGCAGUGGAGAUUUUGGCGAAGCUUCCUGCAGGUGUAUAAGAAUAAUUCAUGUGAUAUUUUAAGAACACAAACCAGUAAUUUGUUUAUUUUACUGUAUUGUUGAACACAAUCUCAUAAGAAUUUGUACGAUCUGCUUACGCCUCACUGAGGGGUAAUGCUUAGUAUUAGUUCAUCGUAGUGCACAAUUAUACAAAAUCGCCAACUUGGAAAUAGUUUUCUCAUGAGAUUGUGUAUUUGUUCCCUAUAUAUAUAUAUAUAUAUAUAUAUACAUAUAUGCAUUCAGUAUUCAGUGACUGUUGUUGAAGCACGCAAUGCUUGAAUAAUGUACUCAGAUUGACCGUCUAAGAUAAAAACAACACGCUUUUCAUACAGUUAACAGUGGAUAACAGAUGUUGAGUCCAUAUGGAAGCAUUUACAAUCAAAGACAAAACACUUUUUGGGGUUUCCCCUAACUGUUCCACCACCUCCGUUUCAUCCUAGUUCAUCAUUACUUGUAACAUAUGUAGCUUUAUAUAUAGCAUAUGAAAUGUAACACUAUUAAUAUUUCACAAUUUGGAUUUUUGUUAAAUUACUAGAAUUCAUGAAACAGAAGUGCCUUUUUCUUCUAAUGUUUUUAUAAGUAUCAUAAAUCUUGGAAAUACAGAAUUAUUGGCAAUCCAAUAAUCCAAGUUUUCAAUUUCUUGACAGGAUUUGGCCACAAACCAUUUCUGAAAGCAGUGUAUCAUUAGUUAUUAGUAGCAUACAAUUGAUUAUUUUGUAUAAUCACA